UAAAAGGCAGGAGUUUUCCCUCCACUGGCCUCUAGGCGGUGCGAUUUCCUUCGGCACUUUCUUUGUUUUUCCAUCUCUCCCCCGUUGCCCGUGAUCUCUAUCAUAUACGGUGGCUGACAAUUUUUUUAAACAUUUUUAUGAUGGCGGAGGACAGUGAAUCCGCGGCCAGUCAGCAGAGCCUGGAGCUAGACGACCAGGAUACCUGCGGGAUAGACGGAGACAACGAAGAGGAGAAUGAGCAUAUGCAAGGGAGUCCAGGGGGCGAUUUGGGGGCCAAGAGGAAGAAGAAGAAGCAGAAGAGGAAGAAAGAGAAGCCAAGCUCGGGGGGAGCCAAGUCCGACUCUGCCUCUGACUCUCAGGAGAUAAAGAACCCUGGUUUGCCCAUUCAGAAGCUGCAGGACAUCCAAAGAGCCAUGGAGCUGCUGUCCUGCCAGGGUCCAGCAAAGAGCAUCGAUGAAGCAGCCAAGCACAAGUACCAGUUCUGGGACACCCAGCCUGUGCCGAAGCUAAACGAGGUGGUGACCAGUCACGGGCCGAUAGAAGCAGAUAAAGAAAACAUUAGACAGGAGCCAUAUUCCUUACCUCAAGGCUUUAUGUGGGACACUCUGGAUCUCAGCAAUGCAGAUGUACUGAAAGAGUUGUACACAUUGUUAAAUGAAAACUAUGUGGAGGACGACGACAACAUGUUCAGAUUUGAUUAUUCACCAAACUUUCUCAAAUGGGCUCUGCGUCCACCCGGCUGGUUGCCACAGUGGCAUUGUGGCGUCAGAGUGUCCUCAAAUAAGAAGCUUGUUGGCUUCAUCAGUGCCAUCCCUGCAGAUAUACGCAUCUAUGACACACUGAAAAGGAUGGUUGAAAUCAACUUCCUGUGUGUCCAUAAGAAGCUGCGUUCAAAGCGCGUUGCUCCAGUGCUAAUAAGAGAGAUCACACGGAGAGUGAACAUAGAAGGAAUAUUUCAGGCAGUAUACACAGCAGGAGUGGUACUGCCUAAACCUGUGUCCACAUGCAGGUAUUGGCAUCGUUCUCUGAACCCCAGAAAGCUUGUGGAAGUUAAAUUCUCCCACCUGAGCAGAAACAUGACCCUGCAAAGAACCAUGAAGCUCUACAGACUACCAGAUAGCACCAAGACCCCAGGUCUGCGGCCGAUGGAGAGGCGUGACAUCCGCCAGGUCACCGAGCUGCUACAGAAAUUCCUGAGACGUUUCCAGCUUGCACCUUCUAUGGGAGAAGAGGAGGUGGCUCACUGGUUCUUCCCACAGGACAACAUAAUUGAUACAUUUGUCGUAGAGGGUGCCGGUGGUGUACUGACAGAUUUCGUUAGUUUCUACACUCUGCCUUCAACUGUGAUGCAUCACCCUCUCCAUAGGAGCCUGAAGGCGGCUUACUCUUUUUACAACGUUCAUACACAAACCCCACUACUGGACUUAAUGAAUGAUGCACUGAUCCUGGCCAAGCUGAAAGGUUUUGAUGUGUUCAAUGCCUUGGAUCUAAUGGAGAAUAAGGUGUUCCUGGAGAAGCUCAAGUUUGGCAUAGGAGAUGGAAAUCUGCAGUAUUACCUCUACAACUGGAAAUGUCCCCCUAUGGACCCUGAUAAGGUUGGCCUCGUCCUUCAGUAGCAGGUCUCUUCACGGCUGCUACUCAAACGCUGAUCAAGAGGCCGUUAGCAACCUCUGCCUAUUCCUUACCUGGACAUACAGGUAGCCCAAGCUAGACAAUGAGAACUACAACAGUAAAACCAACCUGGAGACUGGGAGACGGUUCAAGAACAUUCUCAGUUCCCCUGGAGGGGAAAACUCUUACAUCAUCAACAUCCUGAAUGUGAAGUCAUGCUAUGCCUGAGAUACUCCUACAGUACAACGCUCCUGCCAUGCACACUCACAUUUAAAACAUACUAGUUUGACAUAAGAGGAUGCCUUGACAUUGUCAAUUUUGUUUAGUUCUUCUUCCUCAGCAGACAUGUCGUUACAAGGGACUGGCAUGUCAUUAAUUUCACUGACAUUGAACUACGUAGAUAAUCAACCAGUAAACAUGACCACAAUACCAAGCGAUAAGUUAUUGUGUCCCCACUGCAACUGCAGUAUAGAGGGUCUUAAAGGCAUUUUAAAGAGUUAUUCUCUCAUUCUCAUAUCAUUGUGGUCUGAAGUUUCUCUGCUGGCUGUUUUGGGCCUCAGUAGAUUUAGAAAUACUAAGAAUGUGUUUCUGUGAUAGCUGACAUAUAAAAGAAAAAACCUUUCCCUCAAGCAUUUAGGAGAAAAAUAUCUCAACAUUUCACACACAGAAAUACAAACACUGUCAAAUAACACAUACACAAAAAGGAUAUAUUCAUGGAAGGACUCAUCCAACUGGUGCAUUGAUAUACACAGUUUUUUUUGUUUUGUUUUUUUAAUAUAUAGUUACCUGUACAUUUAAAGCCAGAUCAUAUUUAUUCCUGUUAUGUGAGUUUGGGGUUCGGGAGGGCUGAUCCAAAGUAUUUUCCUCAUAGGUAGUGUAGAUGUCACUGAUUUUGUUCAGACAAUGUGGGUUUAAAGUGUUGUUUUUUUAAGAAGAAUGUAUUGCAUCAAUGAAGCACAAUUUCUGAGUUCCUAAACAAGCAAAGGGUUAGCAAAGGUUCCCUUUUUUAUUUAAAGGGUCAGAUUUCAAAACGGGUCAAAAUGGGUUGCGGUACAAACUUAACAAUCUCGGUUUGUACGAAGGAUGUGAGCUGUUUUCACGUUAUGAACCUGCUUCUAGAGUAGAUUUUUAAGAGAACAUCUGAACCACAUGUUGUUUGGUUAUAUCCACUGAUAACGCUCAUGCAGCUCAGGGUUAUCUGCAUGUAAAUGGGUUGUUGUGUAAUUAGCAAGGCUGUCAAAUAAGAGGCAAAAGUUACAGUAGCCCAAAAAAGUAAAGAUGACAUGCUGAGUGCAUAAGCAGGGCAGUGAGAAUUACAGCAUCAAAGGCUGGAAAACAACAAAU